AUGCACGCCCACCGAGGAGGCACCCCCGGCCCUGAGCCCCCGAACGCCUGCUCAGCCAGCUCUGGACCCCUCUCCGAGCCAGCUCGUGGCGCCUCGCACCCACCUGUGCACCUUCUGCCCGUGGGGUCCAUCCGUGUGACGCAGACCCCAUCAGGACACAAAACACGACCACCUCCCCGGAGCGUCCCCGGCCGGCCCUGCCCCAGGACCGCAGGGCCGCGGUCCUGGCCUCUUUCACCCGGGAGCUCGUGUAGUGGACACUGUGUGAGGCGUCCUAACGGCUGUGGGUACCGGGAGUUCGCGCCCACGGACUGCCGACGUCCUUGUGUCAUUUGCUGGUCCCCCCGCCUCCCAGAUUCCAAUCUGCCCCCCACCUUCCAGCCCACGGCUUCCCCUUGGGGCGCACUCAGUUUCCUGCAUCCCGGGCAGCUGGGGGAGGCCGAGAGCCAGGGGACGGGCAGGCAGGCGCGCUCAGCAGGGACGAGCCUGUCCACGGCCUGUCCACGGCCUGUCCACGCUUGUCUUCGCUCCACCUCCAGACCGAUUGAAGGAAGACAGUCGUCAUACCACACAUCCGUGCCGGGGUCAGAAGGACACAUCUUAGCGAUCAGUGAGCGGGUUACCCACGUGCGGGAGGGCUCCUCCCGCCUCACCUGUGCUGCCAGGAGACUCCAGCAGGCACCUUCCCACGGACGUCACGUGGAUGCAAGUGACACGGGCAGGCAGGUGUCCAGCCCUUGGAGCCGUCCCAUGAGGGGCAGAAAGUCCCAUGAGGGGCAAUCCUCCAGCCAGCUUCCCCCCGGGGCCACCGACUGCGUGCUGCCUCCAGGCAGGCGGGCCGCCCAGCAGCCUGUGUGGCCGACCGCAUUUCCUGCAAGGCACCACAACAGGGUCCGGGGGACACGAAGGGCCCCCGGGUGGAGGGGACAGAGGAUGUCUGCCAGCAAGCUCCGUGGACCAGCGGCCGGCUCCCUCCCCGAGGAGGAGCGCAGACCGACACACCCAGGAGGGAUUCCCCGGGAGGACCGGGGUCACCUUCUCUCCAGCCGCCGAUGCUCGGGGGACUCGGGAGGAGAGCCGGGUGCUGUGGACAAGAGUGAUGGGGCCACGCACCCGGCGGGAUGGCGGGCGUUGGGAAAAUGCAGAGACCGGUCCAGGGACGCCCGGAGGAGGCAGGCCACCGGGAAGAAAGGGUAGAAACUGUGAGCGGUGUGUGUGCACAGGGUGGGAAGCCCUCAGCGGCUGCUCUCCUUUGCUUUCUUUUGAGGGAUAAGGUUAAGGAGCAACCUUCGUCCGCCGGACGAGGAGGGACGGCACCCAAGGGGCACCCUGGGCCAGGGGCACCCUGGCUCCAGCUGGGCACAGGUGGGGCAGUGAGGGCGGUGCCAAGAGGGCGUCCGUGGACGGCGUGGCCAUGGACAGUGUGGCCGGUGUGGCCGCGGCCGGUGUGUCUGUGGACGGGACGGGAUGGAUGGUGUGGCAGUGGAUGCUGUGGCCGUGGACGGGACAGUGUGGCCGGUGUGGCCGUGGCCGGUGUGUCUGUGGACGGGACGGGAUGGAUGGUGUGGCAGUGGAUGCUGUGGCCGUGGACGGGACAGUGUGGUCGGUGUGGCCAUGGACGGGACAGUGUGGUCGGUGUGGACGUGGACAGGACAGUGUGGCCAGUGUGGCCGUGGCCGGUGUGUCUGUGGACGGGACGGGAUGAAUGGUGUGGCAGUGGAUGCUGUGGCCGUGGACGGGACAGUGUGGUCGGUGUGGCCGUGGACAGGACAGUGUGGCCGGUGUGGCCAUGGCCGGUGUGUCUGUGGACGGGACGGGAUGGAUGGUGUGGCAGUGGAUGCUGUGGCCGUGGACGGGACAGUGUGGCCGGUGUGGCCGUGGCCGGUGUGUCUGUGGGCGGGACGGGAUGGAUGGUGUGUCUGUGAAUGGGACAGUGUGGAUGGUGUGGCCGUGGACGGGACGGUGUGGACGGUGCUCUCACAGCCUUGAGUGAGGGCUGGGUGCUCGAUUUAAUUCCUAGACUCUGGGCUGCCUGGCAGUGGGCUUGAAGUGGUUGGAGGCACGAAGGGAAAACCAAAGAAGGAAAAAUAAAACUCUUGACUGGGGAGGUGGACACGGAAGGAGGGGCACAGCCAACACAGACACGUGCGCGUCUGUCACCAGCUGGUCACCUCCCGAGCCAGCAGGGGAGCAGGAGAGAAGCACCCCGGGUCGUUGACCCCCAGCAGGCGCGGGGCACGGAGGGUGUCCCGGGUGAGGCGGAGAGCCCGAGGCGGGCUCGGGAGAAACUUCCGAGAUUGUCUGAGCCCAGCGUUCAUUUGUGUCUGGAGUGACGCCGUCAGUGCUCCCGCGCAGGUGGCCCUGGCUCCCGAGGGCGGGCGGCGUCUUUUCCGACCAGCUCCACCCAUCCCAGUCCUGGGAAAGCGUCUGGACAAAGAUGCAAACCACUGGUGGCUAAUUAUUAUCCUUCUAAGGGGCUGUGCCCGGCCUUGAGCUCAAGAAGGUGGCCCUUGCAGGCAUCCCGGGUGCCCCCCCCCAUGUGCAGCCCCGUUCCAUCCCGGGCCCGCGGGCUCCCGUCCUCGCACCCUUCCCCGGCAGGCCGCUCCCCGGCGGUCAGUCCCGGACCAGCCGCUGUGGUCCCCAGGUCUGCGCCCAGCUGCACCUGCCGUCAUCCCACAGACACCCGCUCAGCGGCUCCUCUUCUCCGUCCCACGCUUGGCCGAGAGCGUGACCUCCCCGUCUGCAGCCACCUGAGCCAGCGCAUCCCCACAGCUUUGGCUGGUCCCUCUCCCUCUGUUGGGCAGGUCACGGCCUUCCCUGCCAAGCCCAGCCUUGGCCCCCCCGGGCUAUCCCAGAAAGCUCCCCCCCCCCCCCGUUCUCCUGGAUGCGGGGACAGGGCCCGGGCUCUGGGGGCCAUGUCUCAGGGCUAAGGGCUCAGAACUCUGCC